AUGUCAGAAGGCAGCGUGUUGAUAAAUCGUGCUGGAAAUGAUGUUUCUCACCGAAAGAAUUCCGACGAUUCAUUUUCUUGCCAUGCGAAAGCUCCUGCUCGACGUGUUAAGACAAGAUCAAUGAAGUGGAUGUAUGCUGUAUAUAUUUUUCUCCUUGGCGGUUUACUUUUUUUCAUCGCAUUCGUCACGAAACACCUUGAGCAGACCUCGCCAAAAAAGGUGAACACAAUCACUCGAGCAAAUUGGAAAACGAAAACGGCACUUCGGCUGGAAGAAAUAUCUGAACCAAGAGACAAAGGAAUUAUUAUGUGUAUGAAUGAUGAAUCCGUUCCAAUGGGACUGUCGCUCGUACGCGAGCUCCGAUGUCUUGGAAAUCAAGAGCUUAUUCAGGUAUAUCAUUGCUUUCGAGACGAAAUCUCAAACAGUUCCAUCUCAUUACUACUGGAAGUUGAUGAGAAUUUAGAAAUUGUGGAUGCAUGUUCGGAUCUUGUUCAACGUGGACUUCUUACAGAGAAUAAAGCUCGCCACUUUCGAAGUUGGUGGAUCAAACCGCUGGCUAUGUAUCAUACGCAUAUCAAAGAGGUGCUACUUUUGGAUGUCGAUGAUAUCUUUAUGCGCGAUCCGGCAGUUUUGCGUACCACUGAAGGCUACGAACGUACAGGCACGACAUUCUUUUAUGAUCGCGUGCUUUCCAGCAACGAAUUCUUCAAUCAAGAUAUCAAUGGUACACAGUAUCUUCAACAUCUUUUGAACACCUUUGAUUACGAACAUUACGGCUUACCACCAGGGUUAUCUCCAUCACCCCAUUUAGAUCCCAAUACAUCUUUUGUUUGGACUCGUCAAACGUCGCAUGAACAAGACUCAUCUCUUGUUGCCAUUGAUAAAUCACGAGCUGGUCAAGCUAUAAAUGUUAUGUUCUACCUCAUUACUGAGCAGCGAUUCAUUCGAGAGUUUUCAUACGGAGAUAAAGAAACGUUUUGGAUUUCCUUUGAAUUGGCAAAGCAAGAAUAUUUUUUUUCUCCCUGGGGCGUUGGUGACAUUUCGUCCUCUACAAACAGAGAUAUGGAAAAGCACAACGAUUCACUUUGUGGAAGUAUUGUCCAGUACAUGCCAGUACAGGACAGUGUAGCAGAAUUUUUGUAUGUCAAUGGAAAAGCGUUGCUUAAUCCAUUUCCGGUGCCGAUUGAAAAGCUCGGUGAAGUCAGUCGCAAUGUCUUGUUUAACAUUAAUCCAACACAUUUAACGCCUCGCCAAAAACGACGACCAAAUGGUAGCUCGAAAACGGAGUACACGGGUACUUAUGCAAUGGAAUGUCUUAUUGGUUUUGGAGCUGAGCCACUGCCAAGUAAAUUUGCCUAUAUUCUCAUGCGUCGUAGAAUGUUUUACACGGGGAUUUCAAUGGGAAUUUUGUCGGGACUAGAUCAGUGUUUGCUGAAGUAA